AUGGGCUCUACAUUGUCCACAGGGCGGUUGCUCACUGCCACGCAGCGCCAGAGCUCACUGAUGCAGAUACGGAAGCGCGUACAAACGUUGCUUUAUUUAUGGGCACGCUUUUGGAUAUUUGCGACUGGCCUGGAGAAGUAUGAAGAGCUCGUUUGGGUUAUUGUGCAGCAAUUCAAGCACAGGGUGUACCGAACAGCGACUGAAAGGCACGCAUUCUUUCAUUACUUGGUCAUUAGAAUUAUAGAACUUUGGCUCCGGACGCUUCAUGCGGUGCUCGUACCGGAUGUUUUUACUCGUUAUCUAUGCGUCACAUUUGUGCUGCACAUUGUAUACGAAAUGCAAUCAGUUGUUUGCCAAGUCGUUGGAAAUACGUGUUUAAAACUUACAGUAAAAGGACGACGUAAACUAAGAUUAAGACAGCAAUUGGAGAAUGCCAAGACGUUUCAAGAACGUCAAUCAAUUGCUGGAGAACUCGAUAAACUUGAGGGCAAAGAUAAGUGGCGCGAGGACCCCGUAUCGCGGCACUUUUUGUAUAAGAGGGUGAUUGAAAAGACACAAGUGUACAAGAAAUUGAAGCUCGAGAACGACGUUAGGGGACUUAUGUUCUCCUUAAGAGCUGGCCUACUGAGGAAACACUGGGGACUGGGAAAUCCUCGCUUGUAUUCCGUCAGCAACGUUGGAACAAAGCACGUGAUUGAAGAGUACUUAAAUACAAUUGUGCAUUCGAUGAAUGUCGUUCUGCGUGCAAAAGGAACGGAUAAAGAGGACAACGAUCAGUUAUCGAUUGACAAUAAGCUGGCAUUUUUUAGCGAGACGCGUCAUGCUUAUGGUCGUUCUGCAUUAAUGCUAUCCGGCGGUGGAGCGCAUGGAUUUUAUCAUGCCGGAGUGAUUAAAGCUUUGAUAGAAAACAAUUUGCUGCCAACUGUGAUUGCUGGUUCAUCGGCAGGGUCGAUUUUGGCUGGAGCGAUUGGUGUUCGCAAUGAUGAUGAAGUGCUAAUUUUUUUGUCGGGAGAGUCUGUGAAUCUCAGUUUCUUAGGACCUAACAUUACGGAGCAAGAUCGAGCUGCUUACAUACCAUCAUUCUUGCCUUCAAUUAAGAUGCUGCUUCCUCAAGGAGGUUUUGAGCUUGCGCGAGAUGCUUUCGUCCUGCUUAAUCGGUUUCUCGAUAAACGCUUCUUAUUAGACACGAAGACGCUCCGAGACUGUUUGCGAGGUGUAAUGGGUGACUACACCUUCAGAGAGGCCUAUGACAGAACAGGUCGGAUCAUAAACGUUACUGUGACCCCACUGAGUGCCGAUGACUAUCCUCAGUUGCUAAACUAUCUCACGGCACCAAAUGUGAUUAUUUGGUCGGCGUCCCUGGCGUCUUGCGCGAUUCCGAACGUUUUCUGUCCUGUCGAGCUUCUUGCAAAGGACGAGAAUGGAAACAUGGUCCCAUAUUAUCGCGAGGGACUAAAGUGGAGUGAUGGCAGUGUCGAGUGUGAUUUGCCUAUGGAACGGCUGUCAGAGCUCUUCAACGUUAACCACUUUAUCGUCAGCCAAGUCAAUAUUCAUUACAAGAUUGUAUCAGGCCAUUCGGCGUUUGGAAAUGGACAAACUGGUAGCCUCAUGAAUUUUUUGAAGAAGCAAAUGAAGGCUUACAUAAAAAAUAUUGCGGAGUUUGUACUCAAUACCUCCGUGCUGAAGUUUCUUGACAUCGGACUAAUUCCUCUGAUAACGCAAAAGUACGAAGGUGAUAUUACCAUAUGCCCUACAAACAAGAUCCCUGCUAUGACAUUACUGCGAACAGUGUUGAGCAAUCCGUCACGUGAAACCUUUCCAGAUAUUUUGCAGGCUGGUGAGAGGGCGUGUUGGCCAGCAGUUGCACGAAUUCGUACCAUGUGUCGUGUAGAGUUUGCCUUAGAACGCGCUGUGCGGUACUUGCGUGGAGAGCAAGCAUUGGAAGAUGAGAGACGGAGCGGGCGGAAAGCAAUUGGUCGUGUGCCAUCAUUUUACACUUCCCCAAGCUCUAUGAACCUGUCGAAUCUGGAUGAGUCACCUCCCACUGUUUUUUCCGGUACGAGAUCGUAG